UUUCAAGUUCUCCGGUAAAACUUCUCCGUAAUAACACCAUUUUGGAUUUUUCUUUUCAAAAUUCUUGAUGAUGAUGACGAUGAUGGUGAUGAUCUCUCAUCGAUGGUGCUUUCAAGAUCCUGGGGAAUGAUUUUCGUAUUGCAGUUUUGUCCUCCAUCGUCAAGAGCAUGACUAUGUCCCCUUCUCUUGAGUGCUGGCUGAAGAUUCUCUACGUUGUGUUUGCCUUCUUCUCAGCUUUCUUUCUGGGUGCUCUCAAAGCUGUCGUGGUGGGUCCUUUUGCUUGUUUGAUUGUCAUGCUGGGGAAUGCUGGGGUGAUUCUGGGGUUGUUCCCUGCACAUGUUACCUGGACAGUCCACGCCCUCAUAAAGAUCAAUGGACUUGAUGGCCCUCUUAAAGUAGCCAUCCUUCUGGGUCUGCCUGCUUUGUUUGGAAUAUGGUUGGUUUUGAGCUUAGUCGGGACUGCUCUUGUUGGUGUUGGCUAUGGUUUUUUCGCGCCCUGGGUCUUGUCUUUCGAGGCCUUCAGCCACGAGGAUGAAUCGAUGAAAUUCCUCCGCUGCAUUAAGGAUGGGACAUGGGAUACGAUAAAAGGAAGUUGCACUCUGGUUCAAGAUUUCAUGGACAUGUGUUGUCACUCGUACCCGACUUAUUUGAAGGAGCUACAUGAAUCCACGGCUACGCAUGAGGUGCAGACUUUUAGAUUAGUUCAUAUUGCUGGAUGCAUCCUGGUUGGCCUGAUGGGGCUAAUCGUGGAUGUCCCACUUUACACCGCCAUUAUGGUCAUCAAGAGUCCGUACAUGCUAUUCAAAGGCUGGUUUCGCCUGAUACACGAUCUUAUCAGUCGAGAGGGUCCAUUUCUCGAAACGGCCUGCAUUCCGAUUACUGGUUUGACGAUCCUCACGUGGCCCAUUGCCGUAGCUUCGAGCAUUUUAGCAGCUGCAUUUUCAAGCUGCUUUAUAGGACUAUAUGGAGCAGUCAUCGUGUAUCAGGAAAGAUCUUUUCGAAGAGGCGUAGCUUAUGUGAUUGCGAUGGCAGCUGAAUUCGAUGAGUACACAAACGACUGUCUGUAUCUUCAGGAGGGAACUAUACUUCCAAAGCCUUCAUACAGAAAGCAAAAGGCUUCUCAAUCAUCCGAGCUGUCGGUUGGAGGGAAUCAUACAGAUGGAGGCAAAACCGCGUCUGCAUCUGAAGAAGCACCGGCGAUGCUUGUACCUAGCUUAGUUCAGUCAAGAUCAGUGAGGGAGACAAUACAAGAAAUCCGGAUGGUGCAGCUUUGGGGGAAAAUGAUCAAGUCCCACAAAACAACAGGCAAAGCACUUCUGGAUGCUAACAUAAUAACACCCGCCGAUCUGUUUGAAUGGCUGAAAGCAAAGACCAGCAGCGAAGCGACUAUUAUAGGCAUUGGCCUGCCAUGUUACUCACUCUUGCAGACCGUCCUCCACUCUAUCAAAGCUGGUUCAGAUGGUUUCCUGAUGCGCGAUGGCUUUGAGCUGAACCAACUGAACAGACCGAAGGACAAAGUGUUAGACUGGUUCUUUGGUCCUGUUCUGGUUCUGAAAGAACAGAUCAAGGUCAUGAGAUUGGAAGAGAGUGAGGUGAGAUUCUUAGAGAAAGUAGUCCUUUUUGGGAGCAAUAAAGCUCGUAUGGAUAGGUGGAAGAAUGGUGGAGUCGAGCCUCAGGAUCCUCUCAGAGCUGCUCAGAUCCGGGGUAUUAGUAGAAGGAUGAUAGGAAUCAUAAGAAGUGAAUCGAAGUUACCGACCUACAGAAGGAAAUACCAUCAGGUGGUCAAGGCUUUGGUCACAUAUUCUGCAGAGAAGGAAGGUUCCAGUAGCGAUACUUCAGUCGGAUCCGGUGUCCGCCUUGAAGACGCCUUAGUGUAAAUCAAAAUGUGCCAUUUUGAUUUUUUUUUUUUUUUUUUUUUGGAGUUAGCAAAUGAACAAAAUUUUGCAGAUGUUAAUGAAAGUUUUGCAGAAGAUUGUUCAUCCCAUGAAA